CGGGGUCAGAGACAGAGGGAGUGGCGGCUAGCCCCACGGGGGAACAGACGGGGUCAGAGACAGAGGGAGCGGCGGCUAGCCCCACGGGGGAACAGACGGGGUCAGAGACAGAGGGAGCGGCGGCUAGCCCCACGGGGGAACAGACGGGGUCAGAAAGAGGGGUGGGACGAGGAGAAAGGAGGGAGAGGUCGGCUCGUUCCAUUGCUGCGGCCAACGCAUUCAAGUUCCGCGAGCGCUCUCUCUCCACGCCGACAGACUCAUUCUGCUCCACAGAUAACAUCAGUGGCGGGAUGUACGGUGUCACUGGGGUAACAGGAGCUGGUAAUGGGACGAACGGGGGUGUUCUGACAGAAAUGCACAGCCACCACCAUUAUCAGCCCCGUGGCGAGAGGGGCGAGAGCUACGCCCUCCUGUACCCCAGCGGGAGCUCCGAGGACGGGAACGCCAGCAUCGACAACGUCUCCGUAACCGACAGCAACUUCCUCCCGGACGGUCGCCUACGGUUACGCUCUCGCUCCAUCUCGCUAAAGAAAUCCAAACACAAACCCCCUCCGCCCGUCCGGAGCGUCUCGCUCAUGAAGAAUUUAGGGGACGCAGAGGGGCGCGUGCACGGCCGCGACAGGGGUCACUACCGGGACGGACGCCCCAAAUCCCUCCACAUCCCCCGGGAACACUUCCAGGACUUCCAGCCAGACUUCCUCCUACCUUCCUCCUCCUGCCUCUCCAAGCAUGAUCUGGAGGAGCCCGAGCUGGGCUACGGCGGGAUGGAUGGGCCCCCUGGCCUGGAGGUCCAGGGACCCGACACCACAGAGCUGUCCUCCCAAGCCCACUGGCAGCUGGGGGAGUGGAAGUCUUCUGAUCCCUACCAGUCAUGGUCUGGAUCUAGUACCGCCACAGGGACUACUGUCAUAGACUGUAUAAAGGUUCGAGGCAGUUCAGAUUCUCUCCUGGAUUCCCCGUCUACCUCCCGAGCCUCCUCCCCCUCCCUCCUCUCCAUCGAGGCCGAGUCGACCAAAGCCUCCUCCCCCUUCAAACCACCAGGACUCAUGUCCCCUUCCAGCGGCUACUCUAGCCAAUCAGAGACACCCACACCCAUCACCCCCUCCAAUCAGGUCGCAGGAACACCAACAGGGCCCGCCUCCUCGUUUGGGUGCAAGAUGCGCCCCAAAAUCCCUGAGAGGAAGUCUUCGCUGCCGGCGACCUCGCCGCGUGACCCGGCCGCCCGGUCGAGGCUUUCCUUCGAGAUGCCGGUUAACGCUCAUCUGGACUUGUCCUCCAUCAAACCGAAACAGAAGGCCAGCCGGCGUCAUUCUGACACAUCCACUGCAGCCAAGCCCGGUAAACUGAGUCCCGGCAGUCAAUCAGCUCUCCCCGUGGUGACCACGAACGAGCUCCGGAACAUCCGCCUGCGUUCCGUCUCCCGUACCGACCUGGAGGACUUCCCCGACGGAGCCUCUGAUGACAUCAUCGAGGAGGAGCAGGGUCAUGACCUUUCCCCCCCACCCGUCACCCCCGGUGUCAACCCCCUCGAUCACCUCGUCGCCUCCAAACCCAAGCCUCCGGUCGCGGUGAAACCCCCGUUACCCAAACGGCCCCUCAACCUCCUCCUCAAGUCCCCCUCCUCCUCCCCCGUCACCUCAGACUCCCCCCCUGCCUCCCCCAUUGACCCCCCCCAGUCCAUGCCCAACCCCAGCAUUUACAUGGUGGUAGGAAGGAAGCCCAAGCUGAAGAAAGCCCUCCCUCACACCCCCACCAGCCCUUGUGGACCCCUGGACCAACCCCCAACCUUCCCUCUCCAUCACCCCCAGGGUCUCUACAAUCUCCCCUCCUUCCCCCACAUCCAAUCCCUGUACGACCUCCCUCCUCUACCCCUGCCCCAGCCCCUGCUGGAGGACCCCGCCAUGGAGCCGGAGUUCGACCCAGACUUGGAGCUCCAUCUUGGGCCUGAGGAUGGAUGGUCGCUCCCCUCUCCCUGUAGUAACCUGGAGGUGGUGGAGACUCAGGAUAAGAGCAGGACCCUCCCUAGCAGGAUGACCAUCUCCUGUCUGGCUGAACUGGACAAAAAGAAACCCAAGGUUCCUCCGCCAGUUCCCAAGAAGCCCUGCAUUCUCCUUCUUCCCUCCAACUCCACCACGGUUCAUUUCAACGGUACCACCGACAGCCCGGUCGCUCUCCGCUCUCCUGUUGGAGCAUUCCCACCUGAGGAUAUUCCCGGUAAAGAGGAAAACCACCUGGGAACAGAUGAGCAGAGCUCAAUGGAGUCUUCAUUACAGUCUUCAUUGCAGGAUUGUUCUCUUACAGACCUGGAGGGGAGGAUAGGGACAGGUGAUGAUGCGGUGGAGGAGAGUGUUGAGCAGAAUAGUUUGGACAUUAGUGGCAAGACGGAACUCCACAUCACCGAGGAAACGGAUGAUGAUGUCGGUGGACACACACCCAACACACACAACAUGGAGGACCUCUUCACCAAAAUACACAGGUCGAAGAGGAAAGUCCUGGGUCGUAAGGAACCAGGGGACUCGUUCGGCAGCCGCCAGAGUCUGGUCUCCCCGGUGAAGCACAGCACCAGCGGGGGUGACCUCCGAACCUUGACCCUGGGCUCCACCCCGCGGUCCAGCUCGCGGAACGACAACUUCAUGGCCCUGUUACAGAAGAAGGGGAGUAAGUCCAGCAGGGGAGGGACCCGCCUCUCUGCCAUGGAACUCCUUAAGAGCACAAACCCCCUGGCGCGACGCGUCACAGAAUUCUCAACGUCGUCGGACGGAGGAGGGGAUACGACCACUGGUAAUAACGGGACCAGACCGCCACAGGACCAAUGAGUCUGGUUUCCCGGACCGACCCUCUCUCUCUCGUUCUAAAGAGGUUCUUCCUGUAACCUCACCAACACCAAGAGAUCUCCUGGCUGGCAAAGUAGAGGUUGAAUAUAUAACCACUUGUCAACCAUUGAUUGACCGUGUAAAAUGGUCCAUUGAUGGAAGAAUGAAUAUCCAACCAGACCACUUAACCACUGAUGGACCGAUCAUUAACCGCCCAACGGUUGGACACGAUGGUCACAGCGGUCAUCAAAGGAGUUUUGUUUCAUCCUGUUAUAAAGGGUUUCAUUUGCUGAGGUGGAGGAGUUUUGAGUCGAUGCUUCGACUCAUCAAUCCCGUCCUCGUAUUUUUACUUUGCUGUGUGAAUGGGAGCCUGAACGUGUGACUGUCAAUGAUGUGGAAAUGAAUGAAUCUGAUUCAGCCAUGGAAACACCACCAAUGUCUACUAUCAAUGGGCCAUCCAAAAACAUAUAUAUCAAAACAGCCAGAUUACAGGCCUAUGCUGGUAAAAGAAACCAGCACUAUAUGAUUGACUAUAUGAUCAACCUCACAGCACACACCAUGGAACACACACCCAACCCUUAUCUAUGGAUCUCUUCGCACUGCCGUCAGUUUGUGUGUGUGUGUGUGUGUGUGUGUGUGUGUGUGUGUGUGUGUGUGUG